UUUCCGGUAUGGCCUGUGAGCUGUUCCGGUAGCUGCUGUCGCUGCCUGUCAACAUCACUCACCCCCAGAAGACUUCUGUGUCCACGUUUUGUUUUGUUUUAUCUCUUUUUCUCAGUUUUUGUCUGUGAAUCGACACCUCAUGUCUUCCACCACGCCCAUGUUCCAGGUAAAGCCCGUGUGCGGCGGCGACAUAAAGAUCGACUUGCCGACCUGCAUGUACAAGUUACCGAAUGUCCACGCGCAGCAGCAAGAGAGCAGCUGCAGCUCCGAGCACGCGCUUCAGAACAGAGAGGUGGACCCAGCAAUCAAGGCUCUGGAGGCUCGUCAGGAUGAGAUCUUGAGGAAGCUGUACGAGCUGAAAGCAGCAGUGGAAGGCCUCGCCAAGACGGUGACAACCCCAGAUGCAGACCUGGAUGUGACCUUCAGCAGCGGCUUCUCGUCACAAAGCUCCACGAUGUUGAAAGGCAGCACAGACCUGGACACACUUCUGGGGAAGGAUCUUGGCGCUCUCCGUGACAUCGUCAUAAAUGCCAACCCGGCGCAGCCUCCCAUCACCUUGCUGGUUCUCCACAGCCUGCUGUGUCAGCACUACCAGGUGCUCUCCACAGUCCACGUCCACUCCUCAGUUAGCAGCGUGUCACCACAGCUCCUGUCCUGCCUCGGCCCCCGCCAUCCAGACAGCUACGCCCGCCAUCUGUUCCAACUGGGCUUCACCCUCAUAUGGAAAGAGGUUCCAAAACUGGAGAUGAAAUUCAGCGUCCGCAACAUGUGUCCCAUCCAGGGUGAGGCCAACGUGGCGCGCUUCCUCUUCAAGCUGCUGGCUCCCUACCCCAGUGACCCAGCCGUCGCCACGCUGGUGGACAGCUGGGUGGACACAGCUUUCUUCCAGCUGGCAGAAGGCAGCGCCAAGGAGCGGGCCGCUGUGCUCCGGGCCCUCAACUCCGCACUGGGUCGCAGCCCCUGGUUGGCCGGACCGGAGUUCUCCCUGGCUGAUAUCGCCUGCUACUGCUGUGUGCUGCAGAGCGGCUCAGCACCCUCUGCUCCUGCUAAUGUCCAACGCUGGAUCGAGUCCUGCGGGAACCUGGGACACUUCAGUCCUGCCAAGCUACUUCUGCAGUGACCGGCGCUGUCUGGACCCAGAUGCAAAGGGAAAAGAGGGGCAUUAGAAUAAUAAAGUAUCUCAGCUGUAGCCAUGUCUCAGAUUCCUUCUGAUACUUCCCCUCCUUACUGUAGUACAUCACUGCACUAACAGACUCUUCACUCAAAGUGGCUAAUGUUAAAGUAACUUUAAAGUAUUUAUGCUGCUUUUAUAAAACAGGGAGGAAGCAUGAGAGGACUAGAAGACAAAGGCUUGGUGGUGGGUUAAAAUACCUGUACUGACAGUAAAGUUGUUAAACACACACACACUGCAGACCCUCCACCAACUGUGUGCCUAACAUGAUCCUGUUCUAAAUGUGUUAAUGUGUGGUCAGAGGUGUUACGUGUUUUCACAGGUAAUACUUUAUACCAUUUGUUUUUCUUAAAACAUUAAAACUUCUAAUUUG